UCGAAUCACUCACUGAAGAUAUUUGUCGCCCGUGCACCUGUUCUCACCUGAGACAGCCUCGCGAUAAGGCACUCCAUAGUCAUGGCUGACAGAACAGUUGGGAUUUUACGUGCUACAGAUUCUCAAGAGACUGGCAGUCAGGCAUUGACACCUCAGGAAUGCAGGCAUGCCAGUCCCUCCCAGAGCAUGUGGCUUGGCAUUGGAUUCCUGAUACGAUUAGGCGCCAAAGUGUUUGCAUAAUGAUGACUUGCUAGAUAGAUCCAAGAGGAAAAAAAUGGGACUGCACCUGAAAUUCACAGUACACCUGUUACUGCUUGUGCACACUUUUAACUUGGCCUCGCUUCAAACGUCAACACAAUCUCCGAAGCCCACAAUUGAUCGCAACUGGUUGCGCGGGGAGAUCUUUAACGCAACAGAUCCUCCAAGGCCCACGAUUGAUAAAAGCUGGUUGCGUGAGGAGGUCUUUAACGCAACAGAUCCUCCAAGGCCCACGAUUGAUAAAAGCUGGUUGCGUGAGGAGGUCUUUAACGCAACAGAUCCUCCAAGGCCCACGAUUGAUAAAAGCUGGUUGCGUGAGCAGAUCGCUGACGCCGAAGAGGAAGGACAAAACGAACAGCCAGGUGACGUGUCUCCUACGGAAUCAAGCAACGAUUUAGGUCCUGUUGUGCCUAAUGACGGUGAUCACGUGGACAGUCAAGAGCAGGGUGAAAAUAAGACAUCCGAUGAUCAGUCGGUUGCCAUAACUACGGAGCCUCCCACAUCCUCAAAGGCCAGCCAAGAUCAACCUGAGCUGACGAAUAGAACUGGCAACUUCACAAACGGAGAAUCAAGCCAAACCAACAUCACUGGAAAUGAAGAGUUGGAUAACUCGACCACAACCCCUAUGAUCCCACCCAGUGAUCCAAUCGAUGGCAACUCCACCACCGUUCCGGAUUUUACCAAUCCCACUCUUGUGAAUACUACUACCUUGUCACCCGGGAUAAUUAAUCCAAAUGAAAACAUGACAACAGUAAAUAACACAGAGUCAACCAACGCAACGGAACCUGCGACCACAACUGUGACAACCACCACGACAACCGAGAUGAACGAUACAUCUGCAACACCUUCAUCUACGGAAGUGUUGCCUACUGAUCCCGCCGAAUUCUUUCCUGAGAUGACGACAACCGUUGCUCCAGAAACACCUGAGGCCAACCUGGAUGAUAAACAGGCAUCCAGUGGGAGCAGCUCAGAAAGAGGUUUUGCAUCAGAGACGAGCAAACGGCGCGAAGCGUGGGGAGCCGUGUUGGGAACAGCGGUGGUCGUGUCCGUUGUGGGAUUGGUGGCGUACGUCGUCUUGAAAAGGAAACACCAGAACGGUUUCUCUCACAGGAAACUGGUGGAGGUGUUCCCCACUGAACCAGUUCUUAGAUUGGACACCAGCGAGCCUUUGGAUCUGAACUACGGUGGCUCGGCUUAUUACAACCCUGGACUUCAAGGGGACAGCAUUCAAAUGAGCAACUACCCAAGACACAAGGCUCAGUAGGAGGACUCACGGAACCUUUGCACACUCCCUUGGAAAAAAAACAAAAAACAUUCCGUGUGGAGUUUUGUCAAUACGACUUUUUGUGGGAGAAAUUUACAGAUGAGUUAGUUGCUUGAAGGUUUGCCGCGUACAACUCUACUUGUUAGAAUGUGUUUAGCAGCCAAAAUGUGCCUGUCUUUUAUUCAUUUUUCCAAAGAUAAUGCAGUGCAUUGUCAUGCUAUUGAAUUGUUGUUAUUAAAUCAGCCACUCCGAGAUUUCGCAGGAUUUUUUUGUGACGCCUGAAGAAAGUUUUGUUAUUUUUUUCUUCCAAUAACAUUGAAUCGACGUUUAGGAAUUUGCAAUUUUUUUUUAAAGUGUUCCUUGUAACCCUGAACCUCCAAAAGCAGAAACAAAUUCGGUGUUGAUGUUUUACUCUUUCUACACGGCAGAAACUUAGGAUCACAUAUUCAGAGCUUAAUCUCGCAUGACUGUACUGCUUUAAGUCAUUAUAACUCAUUAAUUAUAUUUACAGAAUGAAAUGCCACCAAAGGAAGCAAAAGGUGAACUCGAUGUUAAUUUUACGCUUGAAAAGUGUCCAUCUUAAACAUUAAUUUACGUUCCAACACAUUUAUUACCCCCGCAUCGUCAAGAGCAUUUUGGAACUAUCGAAAGCAAUUUUUUUGCUGGUUAAAAUGAGAGACUAUUGUCACGCUUCAACACAUCCGUCAUGUAAACGCUGCCUCUUUGCUAGUUCAACCGUUGCAAAACAAAAAAAUCGGUGAUCGGUAACAUAAUCAAAAGUUUCAGAGAAUCUGGAGAAAUUACUGGACGUAAGCGGCAAGGCUGAAAACCAACAUUGAAUGCCUGUGACGUUCGAAACCGACAGCAGUGUGUAAAGGACUCAGGAACACUUCAUAAAACCACUGUCGGUAACUACGGUUUGUCGCCCUAUCUGUAAGCGCAAGUUAAAACUCUACUAUGCAAAGCGAAAGCCAUUUAUCAACAACACCCAGAAACCCAGCCGGCUUUGUUGGCCCCGAAGCUCAACUAUGAUGGACUGAUGCGAAGUGGAAAAGUGUUCUGUGGUCUGACGAGUCCAGAUUUCAAAUUGUUUCUGGAAACUGUGGACGUCGUGUCCUCCGGACCCAAGAGGAAAAGAGCCAACCGGACUGUCAUAGACGCAAAGUUAAAAAGUCAGCAUCUGUGAUCGUAUGGGGGUGCAUUAGUGCCAAAGGCAUGGGUAACAAGAAACGAAUAGGAAUAUUUUUAGACAGUUUGAUUGGCAAAAAUGACACAAAUUAGCUCAAAUAUGCUAGGACCUUGGCGGAUGAAGUGCAUUUCUGGUUUUGUUGUCUUCGUCCGAACAGAAGGGCGACACGGCGGUGCGGCUGGAUCAAAAAGCGAUGUAGGGGACGCUUUACUGAACCAAAAGUUGCUUUAUUACAAGCGAGUGUCAUUACACAGGAAUGCAGUUUCUUGGAGGAGCUCAGGUCAAAAACGAAGGACUGCGGAACUGGAGAAGCCAAACCGUCAGUUUUAUAUUCCUCCUUCCUGUCUCUCUGUGUGUGUGCUACAUCAGGAGAGCACAUCCUGACCAUAAAAAGAGAUGUUUGUGUGUAUGUGUCUGGAAAGCAACUGCUUUAAGUCAUAACUUAAAUGCUGGCAUUGAGCUAGACAUGUAGUCUCUUCUCAAGGAUAGGGCUAUCACUUUUGCAGUCCGAAGUCCCGAUUAGAGCCUCUUUUCCUACGAGAAGUGAUCCAAUCUACCUGCGAAUAUUGUACUAAGGGGCCAUAUCUUAUUACGUGCUCAAACUGAAAUACCACUAUUUACUUAAACUUGGUGGUUUGUCUUCUCCAAGUUUGAUAUAGACCGCCUUGUGGUUAUAGUGUCCGCCCUGAGAUCGGUAGGUCGUGAGUUCAAACCCCGGCCGAGUCAUACCAACCACUAUAAAAAUGGGAUCCAUUACCUUCGGCAUGAAAGGUUGGAUUUGGAGGUUAAAUCACCAAAAUGAUUCCUGAGCGUGGCCACCACUGCUGCUCACUGCUCCCCUCACCUCCCAGGGGGUGGACCAAGGGGAUGGGUCAAAUGCAGAGGGUGAUUUCACUACACCUGGUGUGUGUGUGACGAUCAGUGGUACUUUAUUUUUAACUUUAAUAAGCAAAACAUGAUCUGAGUUAUUUAUUUCACUUCACAAUUGUGAGGCCGUGCAAAAUUUGGUUGAAUUUGUGUAAAAUUGCGAAUUCCUGCAGGGACUGAAUGCUUCGCGGGUGAUGACGGACGGAAAUAUUGCAAAGUUGUAAAAUAUAAUCAGGAGCCACAGCAAACAAUCACAUUAAUGCGCAAUAAUUAUCACGCUUAAGGCAAUAGCUGACGGCGUGGCGCAGUGGGAGAGUGGCCAUGCGCAACCCGAGGGUCCCUGGUUCAAAUCCCACCUAGUACCAACCUCGUCACGUCCGUUGUGUCCUGAGCAAGACACUUCACCCUUGCUCCUGAUGGGUGCUGGUUGGCGCCUUGCAUGGCAGCUCCCUCCAUCAGUGUGUGAAUGUGUGUGUGAAUGGGUAAAUGUGGAAGUAGUGUCAAAGCGCUUUGAGUACCUUGAAGGUAGAAAAGCGCUAUACAAGUACAACCCAUUUAUCAUUUAUCAUUUAGCUUGUCAAAUCUGAACUGUGCGUCCAGGUUUUAAAGGGGAACAUUAUCACCAUUUCUGAAGGGUUAAAACCAAUAAAAAUCAGUUCCCAGUCGCUUAUUUUAUUUUUCAAAGUUUUUCUAAAAAUUUUACCCAUCACGCAAUAUCCCGAAAAACGGCUUCAAAGUGCCUGAUUUUAACCAUCGUUGAGGUGGCGACUUGUCCAGGGUGUACCCCGCCUUCCGCCCGAUUGUAGCUGAGAUAGGCGCCAGCGUACCGACUUGUCCAGGGUGUACCCCGCCUUUCGCCCGAUUGUAGCUGAGAUAGGCGCCAGCGUCCACCGCGACCCCAAAAGUGAAGUGAAGUGAAUUAUAUUUAUAUAGCGUUUUUCUCGAGUGACUCAAAGUGCUUUACAUAGUGAAACCCAAUAUCUAAGUUACAUUUAAACCAGUGUGGGUGGCACUGGGAGCAGGUGGGUAAAGUGUCUUGCUCAAGGACACAACGGCAGUGACUAGGAUGGCGGAAGCAGGAAUCGAACCUGCAACCCUCGAGUUGCUGGCACGGCCACUCUACCAACUGAGCUAGGCCGCCCCUAGGGAAUAAGCGGUAGGAAAUGGAUGGAUGGAUGGAUGGAUAUAUCCACCCGUCCAUUAACCUGUGACGUCACUGCGUGAAACAACCAGAAACAAACAUGGCGGAUAGCACAGAAAGGUAUAGUGAUAUUAGCUCGGAUUCAGACUCGGAUUUCAGCUCCGUAAGCGAUUCAACAGAUUACGCAUGUAUGGAAACGGAUGGUUGGAGUGUGGAGGCCGGUAGCGAAAACCAAAUUGAAGAAGAAACUGAAGCUAUUGAGCCAUAUCACGACAGACAGCGGCACGGGAGGAAGCAAGGACGAAUUCGGCGAUCGCCUUCUAACCAACAAUUGGUAUGUGUUUGUUUGGCAUUAAAUGUGGGUGGAGGGAAAGGCUGGAUGCAAAUAUAGCUAGAAAUGAGGCAUAAUGAUGCAAUAUGUACAUACAGCUAGCCUAAAUUGCAUGUUAGCAUCGAUUAGCCUGCAGUCAUGCCAUGACCAAAUAUGUCUGAUUAGCACAUAAGUAAAUAACAUCAACAAAACUCACCUUUGUGCAUUCAUGCACAACGUUAUAAGUUUGGUGGACACAAUGAGACAGAAAAAGAAGUGGCCUAAAUCACGUCUUAGCCAACAUAUCCAGGGGGUUUUCCUCGCUCGUCUGCGGGAACAGACUGCCGUCGUCCCUGAAUACCUUGCACUCCGGCAGAUUCAGUGGUGGUCUAUUUUCCAAUAUUGCAGAUUUCGUUGACUUUAUUGUUGGAAAUGCAUCUGAUUUGAGUGUCGCAGGAUAUCCACACAUUCUUGCCAUCUCUGUCGUAGCAUAGCUGUCGUCGGUAAAGUGUGCGGAACAAACGAGGGACUUUCGCAUCUUUUGACCACUGUUAUAACUUGAAUCCGUCCCUGAUCGUGUUGUUACACCCUCCGACAACACACCGACGAGGCAUGAUGUCUCCAAGGUACGGGAAAACAGUCGAAAAAACUGAAAAUAACAGAGCUGAUUUGACUUGGUGUGUGUAAUAAGACUGAGAAAAUCCCGGAUUGCUUCAUGUUGUGACGUCACGGGUGAAAGGUCAUCGCGUUUAAAUCGCCAAAUUCACCCUUUUAGAGUUCGGAAAUCGGUUAAAAAAACAUAUUGUCUUUUUUCCGCAACAUCAAGGUAUAUAUUGACGCUUACAUAGGUCUGGUGAUAAUGUUCCCCUUUAAGAACCGUAGCUGUAUUACAAGUCUUUUUUUUUUUAAUCAGUUAUGACUAUAGGAGUUUUCAGCUGCUACAUUACCAUACCAAACCUCCAGGUCUCCCGUCCAAAGGCAAAACCCAAUAACUCAAUUUUGGUCAAAACUGAGCUGAUAAUAACCUUGGAGUUCCUAGGUGAUGCUUUACAUUAGUGCAUGAUGCGAUAUUGUAGUUUUUUCCGUAAGUAAGCUGUUACGCGCAUGGCAGGACCUAGCAACUACCACAUAACCGCGUGGAUACAACAGAAAAACCUAUUAUCUCAAGGGACCAAUCGGAGCAUCUUUGUCAGUUGCCUUAUUGUCUUUAAUGAGACAUUUGCACGAAUGGGGGCCGACGCUCAACCUGAUUUUGUGAUAUUAUGGCACCAGGGGAUAUUUGGAAGAUUGGCCCAAGCACCUUCAUUAAAUGUAUUGUUCUUGAUUCUUCCCCUUGCAUACUCUUUUGGGCAGAUAACUGUGGAGGUCAAAAUAAAAACUGGACGCUGUACACGGCUCUUGCUCAAUGUGCAAACGUAGAAUGGGGCCCACCCAAGAUUGUGAUAAAAUAUCUGGAGAAAGGGCACACACGUUCAUGAGAGCAGAUUCAAUCCAUGGCUCGAUCGGCAAGAAAACGAAAGCUCAAGAACACAUCUAUACGUUUGAUGACUUUGUAGAUCUUUGUAAGACAGCAUCAAGAUGGAUUGGUUUUCCUUGGUUUUCUCAAAAUCAGCUAGAAGUGAGUUACCAGGUUUUGCCUUUGGACGGGAGAGGUGUUCAAACAGAGCUACGAGCUUUUCCUUGACAGUGAUGAGGUUUCACUGCAAACCUACGCUGCAUACCGAGUAGACAAAGUGAAAUGUUAAAUAGUUUAAAGCUCUGUAUUAUUAUUAUUAUUAUUAUUGCAUUGUUAUUCUUAUCAUGAGCGUUCUUUGACUUUGAGUGACAACCUUCGGCGAGUAUUCCUCGUCUGAUUAUGUUCAGUCGGACGUGGCGAGAAUAAUAGGAAUCCUUUGUUCCGUGGACUCUGCCGCACAACAUCUGGAUGUGUCAGCGUCCAUAUCUUUAGCAAUAACAAACAAACGCAAAUGUGUUUUGAUUGAUACGCGAUCCAGCUUGGUUGCAAAUGAUUUGAAAUGCCGGUGGCGGGGGUCAACUUUGUUGCAAUUCUGCUUUGUUCCAGAACUGUGGGGCAAAAAAGUAUUUAGUCAGCCACCGAUUGUGCAAGUUCUCCCACUUAAAAUGAUGACAGAGGUCUGUAAUUUUCAUCAUAGGUACACUUCAACUGUGAGAGACAGAAUGUGAAAAAAAAAAAUCCAGGAAUUCACAAUUUUAAAGAAUUUAUCUGUAAAUUAUGGUGGAAAAUAAGUAUUUGGUCAACCAUUCAAAGCUCUCACUGAUGGAAGGAGGUUUUGGCUCAAAAUCUCACGAUACAUGGCCUCAUUCAUUCUUUCCUUAACACGGAUCAAUCGUCUUGUCCCCUUAGCAGAAAAACAGCACCAAAGCAUGAUGUUUCCGCCCCCAUGCUUCACAGUAGGUGUGGUGUUCUUGGGAGGCAACUCAGUAUUCUUCUUCCUCCAAACACGACGGGUUGAGUUUAUACCAAAUUCUAUUUAGGUUUCAUCUGACCACAUGACAUUCUCCCAAUCCUCUGCUGUAUCAUCCAUGUAUCCAUUUUGGUAUAAACUCAACUCGUCAUGUUUGGAGGAAGAAGAAUACUGAGUUGCAUCCCAAGAACACCAUACCUACUGUGAAGCAUGGGGGUGGAAACAUCAUGCUUUGGGGCUGUUUUUUCUGCUAAGGGGACAGGACGAUUGAUCCGUGUUAAGGAAAGAAUGAAUGGGGCCAUGUAUCGUGAGAUUUUGAGCCAAAACCUCCUUCCAUCAGUGAGAGCUUUGAAUGGUUGACCAAAUACUUAUUUUCCACCAUAAUUUACAAAGAAAUUAUAAAAAAUUCCUACAAUGUGAAUUCCUGGAUUUUUUGGUCCACAUUCUGUCUCUCACAGUUGAAGUGUACCUAUGAUGAAAAUUACAGACCUCUGUCAUCAUUUUAAGUGGGAGAACUUGCACAAUCGGUGGCUGACUAAAUACUUUUUUGCCCCACUGUAUGGCUCUCGAGCCAAAUGUGGCUCUUUGGUUGACUGCAUUUGGCUCUCAGAUACAUCUUAGCUGACAUUCCUAAACACGAUAAGUAAUGAAUAAUUCCGCUGGUAAUCACAGUGUUUAAAGUAACGUUCAAAAUAUAAGAACAUUUUAAUCCAUCCGUCCGUUUUUCUACCUCACCUGUUCAAUAAGUCGCAUCAAUGGCAAGAAGUAUUGUACUUAUUAUUGGUUAGCUUCAGAAUAACAAUGUUAUGAAAAAGAAUAAGAGGACUAAAACAGGGAUGUCCAAAGUGCGGCCCGGGGACCAUUUUUAACGGCCCCAUGGUACAUUCUAAAAAUAUGAUUAAAUAAAAUAUGUUGCAUUCAAUUGUACGGAAUAUGUACUGUACUGUGCAAUCUACUAAUAAAAGUAUCAAUCGAUCAAUCAAAUAGGUUGAUUGGCAACACUAAAAUUGGCCUUAGCGUGUUUGUUGUAUGUCCGUUUGUGUUAGCCCUGUGAUGAAGUUGCGACUUGUCCAGGGUGUACACCGCCUUCCGCGCGAUUGUAGCUGAGAUAGGCUCCAGCGCUCCUCAUCACCCCGAAAGGGAAUAAGCGGUAGAACAUGGAUGGAUGGAUGUUGCAUAUUUUGUGUUUGCCAUAUAAAAAAACUGUUUUUUUUUUUUUUAAAGAAGGGCCUAAAACGAACAAACAAAAAACAUGAAUUAACAAAGAGAUCUGAGACCAUGGUGUUAAAAGUAAACAGUAAAAAAUGUAUUAUUUAUUGUUUAACACUUUCGUGGUAAUCCUGUUGGAUCCCCAAUAAUUUGUGUGAUUUAUUUUGGUUUUUUUUAAGUAUCAUUGCUCAAAAAAAACCCCCAAAUAAUUAAUAUUAAUGUUGUUAUGAGUUAUUGAAAUUUUUAAGGCUCCAAUUAUUAUAUAAUCUAAAAUAUUCCACAUUUUAUUGGGUGAAAAUAUUGCAUAUUUUGUGGGGGGUUUUCCACAAAAAACAGGGUUUUCUUUGACAACAAUUGCAUACAACUUAAAUCUGUAAAAACAUUAUAUUGACAGAUAGACCUAAUGUGGAUAUAGAGAUUUAAACCUUGAAUAAUAAUACAAAUAAUAAUACUGAAAAAUUACACUUUUUUUUUAAUUUUUUGGACCAAAACCCUUUGGGGUCCCUGGGAUCAAGCCUGAGUGGAGGCUUGAAUGUACAUUUGUUAUACAUAUAUUGUAUUGGUUUUUGAAAUAAAACAUAUCAAAAUGGCCCUCGCUUGCUUUGAUGUUUUAGUGUGCGGCCCUCAGUAGAAAAAGUUUGGACACCCCUGGACUAAAAAAAUGUUGCUUUUACAUAAAAAUGCACGCGUUUUGUUAAAAUGGCUCUCACGGAAAAACAUUUUUAAAUAUUUGGCUUUCAUGGCUCCCUUAGCCAAAAAGGUUCCCGACCACUGUUCUAGAAUAUUGUGUCAAAAAAUAUGUCAAAAAAAAAAAAAAAUAAAAAAAAUAAAAGCACUUUAUGCAACAGUGACUAGAGAGAGUGUGGCACUGCAAAGAAAAAUACAACUGUCUUCUGCACUCAUGUUUUCAUUGCUAUUUUGUACAUUUCUGUCUUUUGUAGUGUGUUCUCAUUUAUUUUCUGUUUCCAAAAAUCCAGGAUGGAGGGUGAAAAUAAGCGUUGCUUUUUGUACGCUCUUCUAAUAAACUGCACUUUCUUAUGUUUA